AUGUGGGAAACAACAGCAAAGUCCAGUCUGUCGAUCGAUUCAAAGCAUCGGCAAGGUAUGAAACAACAAGGAAAAGACGCACUCUACGCGAUUCAGUACCGUUCAUGCAGUUGCUGCGGUGCUGCGGCUGGACAGAAAGAGAUCGAGCUGCAAGACUUUCGGCUAGCCAAAGUGAUCGUUGUCGCACAACAUGAUGUUCUACCGUACCGUACAACCAACUCCACUUGGAUGGUCAAUGCAUUUCUCUUCUUAUCAGUAAUCGGCACAGUACAGUACCGCUGGUGGACCGAAUCCUCGCACUUCUACUAUGAGCCAGUGUGCCUGCACACUGGCUCAUAG